CACCGAGCCCGAGGGCUGCAGGCGGACAUGGACCCUACGCCUGGCUCCCCGGGUCGCGGGGCGGCGCUGAAGGCGCUGCUGCUCGCCGUUGCCUCGACCGCGAAGGGGGCUCGGCAAGAUGGGAGAGACCGGUCGGGCGUCCCCAAGCAAGACGGCCCUCCGGAGGCGGUGGCGGGACACGAGCUCCUAUUGCCAAAUGAGAGAAGCUUCCAGAAUGCUGCUAAAAGCAAUAAUUUGGAUCUUAUGGAGAAGCUGUUUGAAAAGAAGGUUAACAUUAAUGCUGUGAACAAUAUGAACCGCACAGCCCUGCACUUUGCAGUGGGGGCAAGUCAUUUAUCUGCAGUGGAUUUCUUGCUUAAUCACAAGGCCAGGGUGGAUGUUGCUGAUAAGCAUGGCUUGACAGUAAUUCACCUUGCAGCCUGGUCUGGGAGCCUUGAGAUCAUGCUCAUGCUGGUUAGAGCUGGAGCAGACCAGAGAGCCAAAAAUCAGGAUGGAAUGAAUGCCCUCCACUUUGCAGCUCAGAGCAAUAAUGUACGCAUUGUGGAGUACCUCAUUCAAGAUCUGCACCUGAAGGACCUGGACCAGCCUGAUGAGAAAGGAAGAACACCAUUUCUUUUGGCUGCUGAAAGGGGCCAUGUUGAGAUGAUAGAAAAACUUAUCUUCCUUGAGCUGCAUACUUCAGAAAAGGACAAGGAGGGGAACACGGCCCUGCACCUUGCAGCAAAGCAUGGUCACAGCUCUGUGGUGCGGCUGCUGCUCCCCGACCGGGAAGAGAUGAAUGAGACCAAUGAGAAUGGAGAAACACCAUUCUUCCUAGCUGUCACAGGAGGCCAUGAAGAAUGCUGCAAAGUGCUGCUGGCAGCAGGAAGUGAUAUCAACAUUCCAAAUAAACUCAAUGUCAGUGCUUUGCAGAUAGCAACCCAGAGUGGCCAUGCAUCUCUUGUCAGCCUUCUUCUCAGUGAGAACGUUGAUCUGCACCGGAAUGGGGAACCUAAGGAAUCCCCUCUUCAUUUAGCUGUUAUCAACAACCACGUCACUGUAGUAAACAGCUUAUUAAGUGCACAGCAUGAUACUAACAUCUUAAAUCAGAGGCAGCAAACUCCUCUGCAUGUAGCAGCUGAUCUUGGAAAUGUGGAACUGGUGGAAACCCUGCUGAAGGCAGGCUGUGACCUGAAGGUGGUUGAUAAGCACGGGAAGACGGCCUUGGCUGUGGCCUCCAGGGGCAACCACAGCCUCAUCGUGGACAUGCUCAUAAAAGCAGAGAGAUACUAUGCCUGGAGAGAGAAGCACAGUGAGAACGUCAGGGACCCAACAACCAACUUUCCUCUGACAUUCAAGCAAGAUCACAGUCAGGAGACCAAGCAUAUUCGCAGUCUCCUCUGGCACCUGGCUUACCAUCAGCUGAAGGCCAGCGAGUGGCAGAAGCUGGCCCGUUCGUGGGACUUCACAGAGGACCAGAUCAGAGCCAUCGAGGAACAGUGGUCAGGGAAGGACAGCUUCCGCGAACAUGGCUACAGGGCUCUGCUCAUCUGGCUGCAUGGGACCCUGAUGAUGCAGGACACACCAGUCAAGCACCUGUAUGAAGAGCUGGUGCGCACAGGUUUCCCAGAACUAGCUGAAAAGAUCCGUCAAUUCAAAAGCGAAACUGACUCAGAGCCCAAGAAAUGUGCAGUUUCAUAAGUGCCUAGAGAAAUUGCAUUUAAAUGAUUUUCCACUCAGCAUACAGUGCUUUUAAAUUUAGUUCUUUAAUGCCAUAAAGCUCCUCUAGCAGUAGAAUUGAUUUUCCUUUCCACUAUGAAGAUGGUGGUAGCAGGAUCCUUUAACAGAUGAAAAAAUGGUAUUAUACUUUCCAACCACUGAGAAGUUGAAAUUUUGGGAGGGUUUUGCUUAAGGCCAGUUGUGUAAGAUUUUCCCAUUUCUUUCAUUUAAUGCAACAUGUUAUAGCAUAAUCUAGGAGGGUUUUGUACAUCAUGCUUAAAAAAUGUGAUGGGGGCAGCAUCAUAGCAUACGGGAAAACCUGGGGUUUUAAGAUGACACAUGGUUUUGCCACUUAUUAUUUACGAACCUUUGGGCAUUCUAAUAUUCAAAUCCCCAAAUUUUCAGUUUCCUUCUCUACAAAAUGGGAGAAAUGCCUACCCUAGCAUUUUGCUGAGGAUGAAGGGGCAAUACCUGUGAAAUGUGUCACCUCAUGCCCAUAGUGUGAAAUCAUUAACUACUAUUUCUUUUGUAAGAGAAACUGGCUUUGGAAAUUUGUAGGUGCUGUUGGCUUUAAAUACACAUAUGUGUAAUAUUUUACUUAAGAAGACCAAAGCAUAUAUACCAAUAUUUUUUUUCUCUUGGGGAUUUAAUUAUAGGUGAUUUUAUUUUCCUUGUACUUUUUGGUACUUUCCAAUUUUUUUCACAAUGAACAUGUAUUAUUUUUAUAAUCUGAGAAAGUUACUAAAUAAAUAUGAAAUCAAGUAUCAAUUUAUGUUAGCAUAUAUGCACCUAUUCAUUAAAAUUUAAGGCCCUUCAUUCUCAAAUUCUGACUCCAGGUCUGUAAGGCCAGAAAUAAUAUCAUGAGCAAUUUUGGUCCAGUUAUUUUAUCGUGAAUUAUAGUUCCACAUUUUUGGCCCAUGUAACAUUCUGA